AUGCACUUCUCAAACUUGAAGUUUCUUACCCUGCUAUGCCUCUACCAGACAGCAACUGCAUGUGGGGAAGCAAAGGCAAAGUGCGGCGACUCCGAUGCCUGUAUCGGCACCGAGAUCUGCACCACGGCGACUUUUACAACACCCGUUCAGACCACAAUAAUCACCUGCGUGCCCACUCCGACAUGUUUAGGCGUCUAUGCUCUGAUUAUUUUGCAGCUAAAUGCGACUUCGGUAAUACCCUUGGCAAUUGCUGCUCUGGCUACUGCGCUGCAACCCUGUGCAGAUCCACCGAUAAGCAAUGGCCAGGAUGUCAAGAGAACGGCGGUCCAUGCCUUAUUGCUGAGAAUUGUUGCUACGGGAACAAUUGUGUCAAUGGGAUUUGCACAAAAUAGGGAUCAUUGG